AUGGGACAGGCAGAUAAAUUAAAAAAGUUAACAUCAUCAAGAUCUUUAAGUGGAAAUGUUAAUACAAAAUGGUGUAUUCAAAGCUUAGAUACAUCAGGUAGAAAUACCGAUUAUCAAUGCGAUCAGCAAAUAUAUUUGAGUUGUGUAACAGAUAAUCCGUCACGAGAAAUUUUAACAAUUAUUGAUACAUCAAAAUCAGCUAAACGACUAAUACCAAGAAAAAGUCAUGCUCUAUCAGCAACAAGAAAACAAUUCAACGUUCUACCAUCAAAACAGCCUAUUCCUAAGCAAUAUGCUUCUCAAUUUAAAGUUCUUUCUUCACUGCAAACUAAGCAUUCCAGUGAUUUGUUAAAAAUUACCGAUAAUUCCUCUUUGAAAGAGCUGAAUGCAGAACGACUAUUAUCUGUGACGAAUUCUGUACACUCAAGUCGAGUACCGUCUGCUACACAAUCAAAUACAAAAUCUGAUUGUCAACGUUUAUCGGAAACACUUAACAGUAUCAAACUAAAACCGGAUUAUCAUACUCGUUCACUGAGUACCUCAACUGACUCACGAUGUGAUCGUAGUUACUCUCCAUUAGACAAAAAAAUUUCUCAUGAACCGUGUGAUUCGCUCGAAUCAAAAUUGUGUUCCGAUUGUACAGAAGUGAAAAUAUCGAAUACUCAAAAACGUCAAUCUACACCAUUGCCAGAAUCACGUUUCUAUGCAUUAGCUAUACAACGGUAUCUCGUCAAUGUCAACGAAAAAGAUGUAGAAAAAUUAAUUAAUGAGAAAAAAGUGAAAAUAAAUCCGUCUCAAACAUUAGUCCAGGAUAAUAAAAUGAUGACCGACGAUGAAUAUUUUGAUCAAUUAUCAUCAGCGUUUCAUACACACCCUGUUACACCGUACUAUUUUCGUGAUAUGACCGAUUUUGCUGAAAAAUAUCGUCAAAAUAAAUAUCCACGUUUACGAUUGUCUGAUUCACAAGUACCACAAUCAGCAAAUCCCAUAUUUUAUAAACAAAUUGAAAAAUAUGACGUUGCACAAAAUUAUAAAACGAUGAAACGUGCUUCAACCGUAAAACCCAAUAUUGUCUCAAUAGCACCUAUUUUUAUUAGUCCGAAAAAAACGAGUAAAACAUACCGUGAAAGAUAUUUUAUGAAUUAUACACCACAAUUAUUAUCAAAUGGUCUACAAAAUAGGACACGAUUAAAUUCAAAUCCAAAUAUUAUUACAAUCGGAGAUGAUAGACAAACAAAAGAACAUAAAUCAUUGAUUGCCAGAAGACAAACAAUACAAGUGUAA